ACAUCAAUAUACCAACAAUCAUAUGGACUUAUCCUCAAAGACAUUAACACAAGUACAAUACUGUACAACCGCACCCUCGCGAGCGGUGAUAGGUCUUGCCUUGUGAAGAACGUACUAAAUUUAGUCAGACGUUGGCAAAAGGUUCCUGGAUAUAACCAAGGACUGUUACUGACUGUCAAAGAUACUGGAAGAUACUCCACGACUCUUGAAACGUUUUAUCCAAAGAAGAACAUUAAGGUCCCGGCAUUGGCACUACUUUUAAAACCAAGGAAGAAUUUUCUGAAGAGAUAUAGAUUGAUUCUCAGUCAAGUUAUAGAAAUUCUUAAAAUAAAGACUUGA